UAGUUCAGUUAGUUGAGGCUUUGCUGCAUUGUAAAAUGUUUAACAGAAACACUAUCGCCGCGGUACUGCCGCUGUUGAUUGCAUCUUUUUUGCGUCUUCCCAGCUGCUGUCAAUCGUUUGUUUCAGUGCCAUCCUAUUUUCUCAUCGGAGAUGAUGUCAGAGGAAGCUUCAUCGCAUCGGCAGCCAAUACUUUUGAUGCACCUCAGGCACCGGAAAGGCCUGGGAAAAUGCUAAUGGCCAACGGUGAAUUUGUGCCGCGGCAGCAAUAUCGAAAGGCAUCCGAUGGCGAUCAAUAUGGCGAUUAUUAUGGCAGCGAUGAUUAUGACUACAACCGAAGAAAAGCAGGAAAGAACCACAGGAAAUCGGCCGGUAAAAGCGGCCCCGUGCAUACCUACAUUAAGACGGACAAAAAUGCUAACUUCAAAUGGGGCGUGCGGCACUUCGCUGGGAGGCGCUAUGCUGGGCGCCGCUGA